GGAAGACUGAGUGAGCAGCUCACGACUCAUGACCUUGCCCGCUUCCUGAGACUCCGACUCCACAAGAAACCCGCCUUGCAUGCUCGGUUCAUGCCCGUGGGGAAGGUCGGCUUGUCGGAAACAUGCCACCUUGAAGAGCCCCGCGCCUCGAUGCCCACCGCGGGGUUGAGCGCUCCGACCCACGGAGUUCAGAAUAUACUUGUAUCGACUGUUGCCAUUUGAAUCUGUCGGCCUUUCUUCUGCUUAUUCCUAAACCUCCAAUCGAUACCCUAAACUCACUUGUGUUCAUUUUGUCAAGCGUAUCCUACACCCACUACACCAUUCAUAAUGGCUGCUAAGACUUUUCCCGCCGGUAUUCACGUGCCUAGUUUGACCUGGUUUGGCAAUGAUGCCAGCCAAGAGAUCGAUUGGGACGUGCAGACCAAACACCUCGAGUUCUUGGUGAAGUCUGGACUCCAUGGAGUCGUCCUGGCUGGCACCAACGGCGAGGCUGUCACCCUCACCAAUGACGAGAAGACCAGACUCGUCAAGGCCACAAGAGAAGUUGCCGUCAAGGCCGGUCGCCCCGACCUUACCAUCACCAUGGGCUGCGGUGGCCAGUCCACCCGUGCCGUUAUCGAAGAGACCAAGCUCGCCAAGGCCGCUGGCGCCGACUACGCUCUUGUCCUUGUCCCCAGCUACUUCCACUUCGCCAUGAACGAGGAGGCCAUCGUCGGCUUCUUCGAGGAGCUCGCUGACGCCAGCCCCAUCCCCAUCAUCAUCUACAACUUCCCCGGUGUCGCCGCCGGCCUCGACGUCAACUCUGACAUGCUCUCCCGCCUGGGCAAGCACGCCAACAUUGUCGGUGUUAAGCUCACCUGCGGCGGAAUCGCCAAGGUCGCUCGCGUUCGCGCCGAGUUCGACCCCUCCGAGUUCUUCGCCCUCGCAGGCCAGAGUGACUGGCUUGUGCCCGCCAUGUCCGUCGGCAGCAACGGCACCAUCACCGGCGUCGCCAACCUCUUCCCCAAGUACUGCAUCAAGAUCUUUGACCUUUACAACGCCGGCAAGAUUGAGGAGGCCUCCGCUGCUCAGCUUAAGCUGGCCCAGAUGGAGUGGGCUUUCGGCAAGGGCGGUAUCAACGGUACCAAGUGGGUGGUUGCCAAGUCCCACGGAUACCCCUUGACCAGCUGCCACUGCAGACGCCCCUACCCUCAAUACACCGACGAGAAGAAGCAGGCCUGGAUUUCGGAUUUGGUGGCGCCCUUGGCCGUCGAGGAGGCCAAGCUCAACUAG